GCCGGAGUCCAACCCAGUGGGAGGGACCGGCGGCGGAGGCAGGGGGACCCAGGUGCCCUCGGAGGAGGCGGCGGCGGAGGAGGCAAGGAGGCGUCCCUGCAGGCAAUCAUCUAUCCAGGAGCCUCGAGCUUGUUGUCGGAAGAAGCCAGGAAAGGGGACACAGAUACGCCUGCCCUUGGUUGUACAGAAGCGUGUGCUGAUCUCAACACCUUGACAUCAGACCUCCUUUUGCCAUCUGUGACUGAGUUCCCUGAAGCGGUGGCACACAGAGGAAUAGAGGAGGAAGAAGGGGAGGAGGUGCGAUCGGCGGCAGCAGCAGAAGCCGAUAACCCUGCCCUCCGUGUGAGUUUGUAUUAGCAGAGUAUGCGCUGAUUUGCUGGCUGGGCUCAAGACCCAUCCCAGCCGUUCAGGGUGUGUGGUGCAUGGUGUGGGGGGUAUCCACUGUCUCUGUAAUAAAUGAUAGAGGAUACAAUGACUUUGCUCUCUCUGCUGGGUCGGAUCAUGCGUUACUUCUUGCUGAGACCAGAGACACUCUUCUUGCUAUGCAUCAGCCUGGCCCUGUGGAGCUACUUCUUCCACACGGAUGAAGUGAAGACCAUUGUGAAGUCCAGCAGGGACGCUGUCAAGAUGGUGAAGGGCAAAGUGGCGGAGAUCAUGCAGAACGACCGGCUCGGGGGUCUGGAUGUGCUGGAUGCAGAGUUUUCCAAGACUUGGGAGUUUAAGAACCACAAUGUGGCCGUGUACUCCAUCCAAGGCCGGAGGGAUCACAUGGAGGACAGGUUCGAAGUCAUCACUGACCUUGUAAACAAGACCCAUCCUUCCAUAUUUGGGAUAUUUGAUGGUCAUGGAGGAGAGUCUGCAGCAGAAUAUGUGAAGUCCCGUUUACCAGAGGUCCUGAAACAACAUCUUCAAGACUAUGAAAAAGAUAAGGAAAAUAGUGUCUUAUCGUACCAAACUAUCCUGGAACAACAGAUCCUGUCAAUUGACCGAGAAAUGCUAGAAAAGUUGACUGUGUCCUACGACGAGGCAGGUACGACAUGUCUGAUUGCCUUGCUGUCAGAUAAGGAGCUCACGGUGGCCAACGUUGGGGAUUCGAGGGGCGUCUUGUGCGAUAAGGAUGGGAACGCGAUCCCUUUGUCACACGAUCACAAGCCCUAUCAGCUGAAGGAGAGGAAGCGGAUUAAAAGAGCCGGUGGCUUCAUCAGCUUUAAUGGCUCCUGGCGUGUUCAGGGGAUCCUGGCCAUGUCCCGCUCCCUUGGAGAUUAUCCCCUGAAGAACCUGAACGUCGUCAUUCCUGACCCAGACAUCCUGACCUUCGACCUGGACAAGCUCCAGCCUGAAUUCAUGAUCUUAGCUUCCGAUGGGCUAUGGGAUGCCUUUAGCAACGAGGAGGCUGUACGAUUCAUCAAGGAACGCUUGGAUGAGCCACACUUUGGAGCCAAAAGUAUAGUCCUACAGUCUUUUUACAGAGGAUGCCCUGACAACAUAACAGUCAUGGUGGUGAAGUUCAAGGGUGGCAGUAAAACAGAAGACCAAUAAAAAAAGAAAUCUGCCUCUCUCUGGUGAACCUCUUCAUCAGACCUUUACACUUCAACACAGUAGACAGCUCUAACAAGUAUAUUAGUAUUUAAGACUGUACAUCCAAAAAGAAAACACGGAAAAAAACAUUCUUUUUGAUUUUAAAAAAGAGUGCUGCGCAGCAAACACACUCAAUACCGCUUCCUUUUUAUUUAUCUGGCUCUUUCUGAGGGAUUCAGUUUAGAAGCUAAUGACGCCUGCUUCGGCUCUUUCAAAUAGCUGCAAUUUCGUAGUCAUCAUCUACAAGCUUAAAAAGGCAAGACAGAAACAACUUGUGACUUGUCUGCAUUCAAUGGGAACGCGAUGGGCCUUUCACUGAUUUUACACUCUCCAUUUUAGUAGGCGUUCUCCUUGAAACUACUGCUCUCUGCAGAAAUAGGAAGGCAGGUAGCAAGCAGAUUGCUGACCUGUGUUGUCAUAGAAGAAUGAAGAAGCGGGGUUGGUUGGACACAACAAAAAUAUCCCUCUAUCUUUUUUCCAUAGGCAAAAUGUCCUUUUUUGCUGCACAAUAAGGGACAAGCUUUUUGAGCUUUUCCAUAGCUGCGUGAUUAUACCUUCGGUGUGCAUGCCCUUAAUGAUACUCUGCCUUUUUUAUCCCACCAGAAGACAGCUUUGGGGAUCUUUGCUCAUUGGAAAAUGGCACAUUCAUUAAUUCUUGCUUCUAGAUAUGAUGGGUACUGGGAUUGGACACAACUGUGCAGCUUGCAUAGAUCAGAGACUGUUGCCAAGGGCAAAAUGUAAAGUUCUUGGGGAUGUUGAGUGAGAUUUUAACACCAAGUUUAGCAUUAUCCAUUACCAGUGUGUUCAAAUAGGAAACAAGGAUCUUGAUGAAACUAGUAGGCUAAAAUGUGAAAUUGCAAUUUAGUUUUCAAAAAAUAUAGGAGUAGCUUUUCAGUAGAAUUGCAGCUGAGUUCGUCAUCAUCAACAACCAAAAGACCGGCAAGGGAAAAUUAUUCUGAUAGGUAUUUAAUGAUGUAAAAAAUCAAAGUCUAGUUUCGGGGAUGAAAGAGAUUGGUGGCAUAUAGUUGUACUUUCAAAGCUAUGAAUAUUGUAUGCUUUGAUGUAGAAAAUUGACUUUUCCAAUUCCAGUAUUGAUUGAUAAUUUAGGUGUGACCGGGUUGCUUAAUCCUCCAUAGUGCUCAUCAUCUGGCAAUUUCUUAGCAAAGUUAGGAAAAGUUGCUUUUGGGUUAUCAGGAUGCCAGAAUCCUGCUGCUAGCAUGGCCAGUGGGAAUUAUUGGAGUUAUACUGGGAAAAGGGAACGUUCCCAAGUUCUCCUUCACAAUUACAGUAAUGGACAAAUGUUCCAGUCAUGUGCCAUGGUAACCUGGAACAAUUAUGACUGUCCAAAUAUCAACAUGUUUGUCAUAGCACAAGAAAAAAAAAUACUGUUUCCCUUUACCAGGAUCUCCACUCAGAAAUGAUGUCAUCCUAAGAUACUGUCUUAAAUUGCUUGGAAGCUGAUGAACUCUUGUCUGAAGCCAGGGCUAUUGGCCAUGACCUAUCAUGUGCAUGUGCAGAGCUGGUUGUAUAUUACUGUGAGUAAAAUAGUGGUAGAUAGAUGUUCUUGAUGAUCACCUAUGAAAUAUAGCCUUCCUAAAAAAUGAGCAAGAGGGAGAAAUAAAUAAGCCCCAGGCAUGUAGGAUGCUGAGUCAUAGGUCGGAAUUCAGUGUGGAACUUGUGUCUACAGGAAAACAGAACUGGGCAUUUUCACAUUUGAAUUCAGUAAGGGUCCACCAGCACCACAGUUCAACUGUGGUGCUGGAGGAAAGUUCUGAGAGUGCCUUGGACUGCAAGAAGAUCCAACCAGUCCAUAUUUCAGGAAAUAAAGCCCGACUGCUCUUUGGACGGAAGGAUAUUAGAGACAAAGUUGAAGUACUUUGGCCACAUCAUGAGGAGACAGGAAAGCUUAGAGAAGACAAUUAUGCUGGGGAAAAUGGAAGGAAAAAGGAAGAGGGGCCGACCAAGGGCAAGAUGGAUGGAUGACAUCCUUGAAGUGACUGGCUUGACUCUGAUGGAGCUGGGGGAGGUGAGGGCCGACAGGGAACUCUGGUGUUGGCUGGUCCAUGAGGUCACAAAGAAUCGGAAACGACUGAACAAAUGAACAACAAACAAGGGUCCACCAUGACAUAAUUGACCCAGUGAAAUGACCAUUGUACAUUGAGACUGGUGCACAAUGGUCAUCACUGGUCAUCAGGUGCUCCUGAUGCCUAUCAAGAUAAAGACUAUAGAUUGCCAAUGGAUGUUAAUAGUGCCCCAUGAGCAUUGGGACACCAUGUAGGGACUGCUAAUAUGCAUUAAGAGACCCCAAUACGCAUCUCACAAUUCAC